UUAUUUGUGAUCUUUGCAUCAACUAGAAAGACAUAUAGUUAGUUUUGGUCGUGUGGUCAAGCAUAUAUCAUUUUGUUCACUUCACAUCCCAACUUUCGCUAUGUGCUCAAUAGAAUAUUUGCUAGUUUCGUGCUCAUUUCAGCAUAACUUUAUUGUAGAUGUCAUUCCUUUUCUCUUCUUGAAUCUGUCUGUCUUUUUUCAAGAACAUCCACCUGACCACCUGAGUGCAUAGCUUUCUUUAGAAAAGUUGAAUUUUUUGGUCUUCAUGUUAUUGUAAGUCCAUACAUGCAAUUCUUUCUUUCUUUCUUUGAUAUGAAUAAUUUCCAAAUCAGCCUCAGCUUGUAUUCUCGCUUCCACCUUGAUACUUACAUUUCGAUCUCUGUUGAUUUAGGGCUCAAAUUUCAGUAUGGGCCCACCAAGUACUAGUUGAGAUUUCAGAAGGAAGGCUUCAUGCAGGUUUGUGGCGUUCAGUUGAGCUCAGCAACAUCUCGCUGCGCGAGAAUCAUGGUCGCCAUUUGGUGGAUCUUAUGAGUAUGCUGGACAUAGCUGUUGCAUCUCUGGGAGUCAAAGACCGUUAUGUAGAGUACAAUGCUGUCAGGUGCCACCUUCUACUAGAAAUGUAGCUCAUCUUCAGAAGACAAAUAUUCUUGUGUUGAUAGGUCAACUUCUUAUCUGCACGUGCAAACUCUUAGGAAUUUCCCAAUUGAAAAACUUUAUGGAGAGGUGGUCCUGUUGUGACUUGAUUCUGUUCUUCUUUUGGAUCCUCUAGGAUUAUUUAGUUGCUCACUGAAAAGGACACUGUCAACUAUCAAAUACCUGUACAAAGCAGGAGGGAAAGUUCUUCUAGUUACCAGUCCCCCAGUCUGUUAAUCCAGUGUUCAAGUCAAUCAAAUCUUUUGCAGCUAACUUAUCCAGAACAGCUUCUUUUGUUCGUUCUUGAUAACUGAAAAUAAUCUGUCAUAAAUGCUGAUAGUCAGACUAUAUGUCAGCGCUUCUUCAAGUAAAGGUCAUCCCGGUGGAUGGUGUCCCUUGUUUAACAUCAUGUAAGAAGGAAGAAUGGGUGCAGAAUGAUAUUAUCUUGUUUGAAAAUCUUUUGAACUUCAGGGGAGAAAAAUGCAAACUGCAAUAAUUUUUCUCAGAAGCUAGCGUCAGAUUCACGCAUCAACGGUUGGCAUCACUCGUUUCUGCUAUGCAUCUCUUGCUGGUUUCCAUUUUGAGGAGGAGCUUAUGCAAUCGCUAAAGAUCAAUGACACCACAAGGCGCCAUACAUAGCAAUAAUUGGAGGCAGUAACUUCUUGAGAAAGGCACCUGCACCGCAUCUGUUAGCCUUCAACGCGAUGGGUUGUUUCUUGUUGGAAAGUUAUCAUUUCAAAUAAUGAAUGGCCUUGGAAUUCCAGUGUCCUCCUGUUUGCUAGAAAAAAAUGCAACCAAGGAAGUGUUACAACUUAUUAAAAUAGCCCAUAAUAGGAACAUUCCUAUUUAUUAUCCAACAGACCUGUGGUGUUUGAACAGCAACAAUAAUGAACAACUCGAAAUAUUUGACUCAGCUGAACUAUUGUCUGGCUUAAUUUCUUUGGGCUGGACAUCAGUUGAUAUAGGGCCAUCAACAUUGGAGAUAAUUUUUUCUUUACUGUCAUCAUACAAGAAGAUCCUUGGAUCGGUCCUACAAGCUUUGACUUGACAGAAGAAUUUUCUGUCGGGGCAACACAGUUGGGUCAGAUACUGAACAAAGCAAGUCACAAUAGCUGUGAUGUUAUUUUAGUAGGGGUGCAGCAUGCAAGGCAGUAAAAGGAAUAUCAGAUUCUUCAUCACUAUAUACAUCAUUUGAAAAUGAAUCUAUUGUAUGGGAAUUUCUCAAGGAAGAAUAUUGCCUGGUAUUGUAGCAUUGGAUAAAGAAAGGAACUGCUGCACACACGCCGCUCGCUCCGCCCAAAUCGCCUCCAACUGCCACACCUUCAUGAUGUCGCUCCCAUUGCACUGAGCCGCCGCACCCAUCGCCUCGACCCACCGCUGUCGCACCCAUCGCCUCGAUCCGCGGCCGCUGCACCCAGCGCCUCGACCUGCCACCGGCGCACCCAUCGCCUUGAUCCGCGGCCGCCGCACCAAUCGCCUCGAUCCACGGCCGCUGCACCCAGCGCCUCGACCCGCCACCGCCGCACCCAUCGCCUCGAUCCGCGACCGCCGCACCCAGCGCCUCGACCCGCCGACCGUCGCACAUUCAACGAUGCUGCCCGCCCCCACUCAUCGUCUCGCCUCGGCCGUCGGCGGUGACGCUGCCUCUUUCACUGCUUGCCCGGCUGUUCAGGACGGCGCUUUCUCCUACAUCGCCCCGUCGGCCGUUGGGGACGUCGGGGAUGGCGCCUACAACUCCUUGCAGUGGACAUCGCCUAAACCGCCGUCAGUUCACAGCUCUGCGUCAUCUUUCACAUUCAGGGGACACGCAGGCGCCGGCCAGAGGGAAUCGCACCCAGUUUAGGGCCCUGACAAACAAGAAUAGAGCCAGGAAUGAAAAUCAUGCGGAUGACAAUCUACGGGAUAUAAAACCGCAGCUGGAGGGCAAUCAAGGAUGGUAUGCACGAAUUCUGAUGAUAAGAAGGCGGAAUACCUCCUGAAGCGGAGUCAGGCACGCGCUAAAAAGAAGGCUGCAACUCUUAUUUGUGCCAACUGUCAGCAAGUAUCUCAGGACCAACCUUCUUCAUUUCUGUCUCCACAACGCACACCUUUGAGCAAUAUUACCAACACACAUAAAUCCGUCAGUACAGCUGCAAGCUGUGGGAAUACUGCUCAUCAACCUGCAGAGAGCAAUGUUGAAUGCAAAAAAACAAAGUGGGGGGUGGUAUGCCCAUCUGUCCCAAGAGAAGAAAGUGGGUAGUGGAUCAACUUAGAUUUUUGGAUAUGUCCUUUAGCUGCUUCAGGCUGAGGGCAAUUUCUAUCAUUGUUCUUAUCGAAUGCUUCAGUCAAAUGAAGAGCUAUCCCUAUCAGAGUCCAUGGGAUGACGUCUUCUCAGACACCAAACAGCCACUGCUUGUUGAUAUAGGAAGUGGAAAUGGUUUGCUUCUAUUCCAAAUGGCUAGAAACUGGGAAGGCUCGAAUUUUCUUGGUCUUGAGAUCAAUGAAAAGCUUGUUGUAAGGUGCCUUCAGAAUGUAGCAUCAGCUGGGAAAAGAAACUUAUAUUUUCUAUCAACAAAGGCAACUUCCACAUUUCGCUUGAUAGUUUCAAGUUAUCCUAGACAGUUGACACUUGUCGCAAUACAGUGCCCAAAUACUGACUUCAACAAAGAGCAAAACAGGUGGAGAAUGGUACGAAGAAUGCUUGUCGAAGCUGUUGCCGAUCUUCUUCAUGUCAAUGAAAAGAUCUAUUUACAAUCUGACGUGGAGUCGGUCCUGCUCGGAAUGAAAGAGCAGUUCAUCUCGCACGGGAAGGGACAGCUUGAGGUGGACAGCGACGACAGCGGCAAUGGCCGGAUGGAGAACCCGUUUGGCGUGGUGUCCGACUGGGAACGCCAUGUGCCCAUGUCUUGGCUGGCGGAGCUCCAAUGUACAGAACGAUGCUACGAAAAGUGUGAAGCUGAAAGGUCCAAGUUGAGAUUUUGGACUGCUCUCGUGUAAAGAAAUCCAAAUUCCAAUCUUCACAAAGUUCACAUCCUGAGAGUGAACUCGUGAUUCUUCCUUUAACCACUACUAUUCCAAGAAAUCCUAUACUUCAUAUACGUAUUAAUUGGAACUGUAAAAAUCACAUAUUUGCAGUUGUCAAUUCAGAUCUAAACAUCACAGCGCUCCAAAUAUACAUUCAACAUACAUUCAUCAGAUCAAUUUUCCUAGUAAUGUGUUGAUCACCUUCUUGGAGUUGUGUUGCGUAUUAUGUACAAGGUACUCUUGGUCCUUUUUAGUGUGCAUAUA